GAAUCUGUCCACCUGGGACAGAAGGACACGGACACCUGUCCUCGUGCCCGUGGGUCCAUGUCAGCCGAGCUCGUGCGCAGCAGAGAGGACAGAGCGCGCUCCCGGGAGGAGAGAAGGCGCAGGAGGCGCGCCACGGCCAGGUAUCGAUCCGCGCAUGCCUCCAGGGAGCGGGUCCGGGUCAUGACCUUCAACGAGGCCUUUGCGGAGCUGAGAAAACUUCUCCCCACGCUGCCACCUGACAAGAAGUUGUCCAAGAUUGAAAUCCUGAGACUGGCUAUUUGUUACAUCUCCUACCUGAACCACGUGCUGGAUGUUUGA